AAGGAAGACCCAAGGUAUCCGGAAUGGUCGAUAGAACGCCGGUUCGAAAUAGAAGCAGCCCAUUGGCCGAUGGUUUCAAGUGGACUUCCGGCUGACUUUUCAAAUAUGAAGGAGAUGAUUGGCGGCUGUUGCGUUUGCUCAGACGAGAGAGGCUGGGCUGAAAACCCCCUCGUUUACUGUGACGGACACGGUUGUAAUGUUGCCGUUCAUCAAGCAUGUUAUGGCAUUGUGCAAGUACCCACCGGACCGUGGUUUUGUAGAAAAUGUGAAUCGCAGGAGAGAGCCGCUCGAGUGAAAUGUGAACUUUGUCCUCAUAAGGAUGGCGCUCUCAAGAGGACCGACAACGGAGGUUGGGCCCAUGUGGUUUGUGCACUUUAUAUUCCAGAGGUGCAGUUUGCAAAUGUUACUACAAUGGAACCUAUUGUACUACAGUACGUUCCUCAUGAACGCUUCAACAAGACUUGCUACAUCUGUGAGGAACAAGGCCGUGAAAGCAAAGCAGCAACUGGUGCUUGUAUGACUUGUAAUAAACAUGGAUGUCGACAGGCUUUCCAUGUGACUUGUGCUCAGCUGGCAGGACUUCUGUGUGAAGAAGAAGGUUCAGAAGCUGAUAAUGUUAAAUAUUGUGGCUACUGCAAAUAUCAUUUUGGCAAGUUGAAACAGAAGGACAGGGACAAAUAUAGACAACAGAAAAUCAAGAAACCUUUGGAUUUGUCAUCUACAGUUCCAUCUCUCACUGUGACAACUGAAAAGACUUAUACAAGCAGUAGCACCGGCUUUAUAUCUGGAUCCUUGAAGAGGUUGGAAGAAACUACUGCUCGAUUUACAAAUGCAAAUUUCCAGGAAGUAUCAACUCAUCCUUCAAGUGGGAAUGAAAAUGCUGAGAUUAAGGGCUUGGAGGUCAAAGGGAAGAAGUCAGGAGGACAUGGUUCUAGUCAGAGGGGAAGGAAACCAGGCAUUGGAAAAACUUCGACUUGUUCCUCUGUUCCAGCAGCAUCAACAAGCCCUUUUGCACAAGGCAAUCUAAUAGGAACCGUAUCCAGCAUAAAAUCAUCUGGCAGUUCAGUCCAAUCACCGCAAGAGUUUCAAGCUUUCACUGAACCAGAUAUAAGAAGUGAUAGUUUCAGCGAUUCACAACAGUCCUCAAACAGAGAGACAGCUAAAGAAGAAACUCUUGACCAAGAAGGGACUUUAAUUAGUAAUAGUCCUGUGCUGGGCCUCCCACCAACCUCUGGACCUCCUGAAAUAAUAAACAUUGAACAUUCAAAACACACUGAGAGUGGUUGUGAAGAUAAAGACAUUUCUGAUGUUACUACUGUUCCUUCAAGUGGUGUAUCGGGUUAUAAAAGAACUCAAAAUUCAGUCGGGGAGGAAGAAGCAAUUAAAGAAAAAAAGAGAAAGGGAAAUAAAAAGUACAAACAUGGACCUGGCAGACCAAAAGGAAGUAAAAAUAAAGAUAGCAUUUCUCAGCUUUCUCUCUCAUCUGCAUCGCCAUCGUCAUCAGUUACAUCUGCUGCAGGCAGUGUGGCAAGUGUAAGCCUGCAGAAAUCUCCAUCCCUACUCCGAAAUGGAAGUUUACAGAAUCUUAGUGUCAGCUCAUCUCCAGCAGGUUCAGGUGUUUACACAAGUAAUGACGUACCAGUUUCACUGCAGAAUACUCUACCAGGCUUGAGCUGCAGUACUCCACUUUCCAGUUCUAUUUUACCUCCACAAAGUGCAGCCCAUUCACAGCAGAUGUGCACAUCACCUUCAGCGCCUGUUUCUGUUGCACCAAUGGUUUCUACAACCCAGGCAAGUGCACUACCUGGAUCUUCCUUUAAUCUUGCACCAUCUCACAUGUUUGGAAAUCGAUUAAAUCCCAACUCAGCAACAGCUACUCUUAUUGCACAGUCUGAAACAAAUCCACAAGAACAGGAUUUGGAGAAUAGCCGCAAUCUUCCUGGUAGGAGCAGUUCACCAAGAGGAAGUCUUUCACCACGAUCUCCUGCAAGUGGUUUACAAAUUCGUUAUGAUCAGUCAAGUAACAGUGUCUUGGAGAAUCUGCCACCAGUUGCAUCGAGCAUAGAACAGUUAUUGGAAAGGCAGUGGAGUGAAGGGCAGCAGUUUCUUUUGGAACAGGGCACUCCUGGAGAAGUUAUGGGGAUGUUGAAAUCACUACACCAACUUCAAGUUGAAAAUCGGCAGCUGGAGGAGCAAAUUAAGAAUUUGACAGCUAAGAAGGAGCGCCUCCAGCUACUAAAUGCUCAGCUUUCAGUCCCAUUUCCUGUCAUGAAUUCAAAUACCAGUCCAACUACUCCAAUACACCCAUUCACUGUACAAACUGUUCACAACGCAACUUCCUUGCACAGCAGCAAAGGUUCCCAUCUGAGCAACAGCUUUCUGCCUGAAAAUUCACUUCCAAUACCAACCCAGGAACGGGCUUGCAGUGGACAGAGUACUAGCAGUUCUUCUCUCGCCAGUCCACCGACAACUGGACAGAGUCCAGCUCUGCAAGGAUCAGGAAUUCAUCAGGUUAAUUGUAUGUCAGGAGCACUUGCUAGCGGUAUGCAGACAAUGGCCUCCUCCAUCCCCACAAUGUCUUCAGUAGGUGGGUUAAUGGGAACUUUACCAGGAAAUCAACUAGCAAUAAAUGGAUUUGUAGGUACUUUAAAUGGAGUUAUACAGACUCCCAUCUCAAUAGCGCAAAAUGCAAGUCCGCUAACGCAUGCAGCUGUACCACCUAAUGUGAGUGUUCCAUUGUCUACCAAUCUAAACAACAGUGUGCCAGGAUUGAGUUUACUUUCUGAGCAAAGACAACUGUUAUUUCACCAACAGCAACAACCACUUCAACAAUUGUUGCCAUCCCAGCAGCUCACUCCAGAACAACAUCAAGCUCUGUUUUAUCAGAUAAUGCAGCAACAGCACCACCACCACCACCAUCAUCAACAACAUGAGCUACAACAGCUGCAGAUCACUGGAACAGCACCAAUCCCUAUAAAUAACCUACUGGCAAAUGCCCAAACUCAACCACUUCACUCAGCCCCUCCCAAUCCUUUCAUAUCCAUUCAUAAUGAAACUUGCACACCAAAAGUUGCAAGGCUCAGUGACAAAGGAAGUCCUGUUACACAGGAAAAGAGUUGACACAGGAUUUGUAAAUUCCAGAACGUCUAUUCCAUUUUCACAGCAAUUUAACCAAUGGAAUCUUACUCGUGUGGUUGGAGGACCUUAAAGGAGAGUGGUAAAUACACUGAAAGUCACCGAAUAUGAACAAUACCCCAAAUAAUUUUGAUAAAUGCUCCUAUAUCACAACAUUUGGUUUACUAGUCUUGCAGCUUGAUUGCACUAAUAUGAAACCUCUUUCAUUUAAGAGGCAUUAGACAUGGAGCAAUCCGAAAAAAUGAACCUGUUUUCAAAUUCAUUGGUGAAACUUGAAUCAUUCGGUUUUGUGCUUGUCUUGAACUGUUUAGAUGGAAGUAAAAUUAUGAUUUUUAAAUAAAACUUAGAUAUCUUUUAAAUUACAAAUGCAAGUUACAUUGCAAAAAAUUGUACCUGGUUUUGCAGCUGUGACAGGCAGGACUUGAGAUUUGCAUUACUUCAGUUCUACAUUGCAUGCAUUGUGUGUUGUGUCCUGUUCCUUUGCUGUGAAUGUGGUAUGCUUCCAGGACCACUGCUGGCAUAGCUAGUCAGUUGUGGUGCAAUAGGCUUCAGAGAUUUCUUUGGCUGCUGGGGGACAAGAUCAAUCUAUAAAGUGGAAGAAAUGGAUUAGCCUGCCACCGGGGAAGAUUCCUUUGAGGGAUGUGUUGGCUGUCAGCCUAACCAAGUGCCUGUUGCUAGGUCCAUUGUGAAAUAACUCCAGACAGCUGAGUAUGCACACAAUCACUAUUCCUGUCACAGCAGCAGGAAUUUCCAAUAGUACAUAUUCUUUCUUCUUGGAGGGAAUUCCCAGCUCUCUAUAUGGCUGAACCAAUUUGAACAAUCUGUUGUCUGACCCCCUCCACAGAUCCAACUGUAAGAGUAUUUGAACUAAUAAAUCUCAAGAUUGAAUGUUGCACAGUUUGUACUUCAUCUAUAAAUAUUCUUUGGUGAAUUUGAGUAAUUGAGGAAAAAUGAAAUAUAAAACCUAAAUAUUUUGGUUUGUAAUAUUUCUAAUUAGCAGUUGUGCUGUUGACUGGAAGAGUAUUGUUUUAUUAAUUUAUUUUUAUACAUGCAAGGGAAUUUUAGAAGAACAUUAAGACCAACUGGAUUUUGUAGAUAAUUGCAAAGAAAAGUCAGUGUGGUUCAUUUUAGAUUCUUAUUUUCAACCCACUGGUUGUUCUGUAUCAAACUUUGUACAGAUUUUGAAGAUAUUUGCUGUAGUGUUUAUUUUACUUAGUUGUAAAAUAUCAAAUGUAUUAAAGAAUGAUAUAUAAAACUCUCAGCAAUGAUUGUUAGUAAUGUUUGUACUUGGGCAUACUGAUUUGCUAAUGACUGAGGCUAAAGCAGUGACUGCAAUUUGGGAGUUACACAAAAUGUAUCUAUUGUUAAUGAUUUCUUCACUGCCUUCUGUAGGCAUACAAAA